CACUACUCAGAACGUAAACAAUAACAUCUGUAUAUGACGUACACAUUUUAUUUGUUUCCUACAGAGAAAAUCUAUAAAAUUCAGUUGUUUCGAUCUACCAAAGAGAUUGCAAUUAACGACUUCAUUACCCUAUAAUUUCUCUAUUAUCAGAAGAACAGCCCUUGAUAUCAAACUACUCAACAUCCGUUGUGCAUUAAACGCAUCAACGGAGAUACCCGUAUUACGCCGUUGACAAUUUUCGUAAAAAUGUAGUAGUCGUCCUAAUCGGUUCUGUAAAUGUUCGUGUGAAACGACACCGAUUUCACAAAGAGAAAAAGUUGAGUGCGCUUGAUUUAUUCCAUCUUGCAAAGAAAAUUAUAGACAAUCUACGUUGAUAUGGAUAAGCUAAAAGUAAAGGUGAUUGGAGUUUUGAAGGAACGCGAAUCGAAAGUGAAUUAUACCAACGACACUGGCCUGAAGAUUGCGGCGACAACAAUACCCAGUCAGCGACAGCAAUUACAACAGCAGCAUCAGCAACCUAUAAGAAUGUCGGCAUUAGAUAUCUCGGGCAUACUCAACUGUCGAAGAAGAAUGGAAUGGACAAAGGAAUGGUUGAAAAAGUAUCAACACGAGUUCCUAAACAAGGAGAAUUUACGAAAAGACUUGCUUUUUCGCAGUAACGAAGUGUAUCACAUCAAUCACUUCUUUAGCAUUACAGAAAAACAGUUUCGACACCUAGUCAACAUCCUGGAACCUCUUGUAAUGGUGUUAGAGCCCCAUAGGAGGAAGAAGCCGUUCAGUGCCGAAGAACGGAUUGCCAUAACACUGAAAUAUCUGGCUACGGGCGAAGUAAAUUCGUGCCGUAAUUAUUGUUUCCGUGCAUCCAAACCAGUUAUAAUCAAGAUGAUUGCAGAUAUUUGCGAAAAAAUAUAUGAAUUAUUAAAAGACGAAUACGUUUCCUUGCCAAAAACCGACGAAGAAUGGAUUAACGUCAUUGGAGGCAUGCAAAAAUCUCAGCAGAUAUCAAAUUGCUUGGGCCAUUUAAUAAUGCGGCAAGUGGUUUUCCACGCAGCCAACCACCAACCGGCUAAGCCACGUGCUAUUUUAUGGGAUGAUGGAGAGGAUAAAAGCUGUUCCAGACAACCGCCACUAAUAUUAACGGCAAUAGUGGAUGGCAACUACAAUUUUUUGCAUUUGGAUGUGGAAAAAACCAAAGCAAAGUUUUACGAUGAAAUUUUUGAAAAUUCCAAAAUUCGAACACUCAUUGAAGAGAACACCAUGCUUAUUCCUGCUGUUGUCAAAGAUGUCAAUGGUAGCUGUAGAUCGUAUUCAUUUGCCAGCAGCUAUUCACUGCCAGAAAAGCACUACUUGAAAGCGAUUUCGGAGUUAGAAUUCAGUGCAAUCAACAACACUGAGACAAAUGAUGCAUUGUGCAUGCUGACUAACAUGUUUCCUGUGUUGGGCCAACCACUGCGACUUGGCGAAACAGAGGCGCAAAAAAUCAUUCUUGGUAGUGUAGCACUGUAUAAUUAUUUGCGAAAAACCAAUCAAGAAUAUUGUAAACUUACUGAAAGAAUCGUAGUAGGUUCGUCUAUUAAAGUCAACACGAACGAAGACGAUGUUGAUGACGAGUGUAUACUAAUUGAACAAGACGAAUUUUCUCCGAACGUGUCCGAUUCCACAUGUUUUAAAACUUUAAGAAAACAACGUGGGGAUAUUCCAGCUGGUUUGGAAUGGUAACUACAAUCAUUUUUACAAUUACUACUGUAGUUGCGUGCACCUGUCUGAUUUAAAUAAAUAAGAUAAAAGAAAAACAAAAUUAACUAAA